GAAGAUACCCGAAUAUUUCACGGCUUCCGUCGGUUGUCGUCGUGGAGUCGGUUGACUACCAACAUGGCGGGCGAUGAGAAAGAAUCAAAGGAGUGUGAAAACCACGAGAAUUGUAAACCGAUUGAUAUCUUUGAAGCUGCACAAUGCGGGUGAGUAGAGGAGUAGCCGUUGUUCAACUAUAUGCCUCUUUUCCAACCUCCAAAAUGUAACUCAGGAAGGACUUUCCACAAAUUAUAUCGUGUAUUCCUUUUUAAUACAAAAGUCUCUUUUUAUCGCCUUUUAACACAAUUAAGUCUCUCAAAAUGUUUUAAUUCAAUUCCGGUUCUCGAUAGCUUAUCUUAAUUUUUGAUACCUCUGGUUGGAAAUGUGGUAAAUUAACACAGAUCAGACGUAGCAGAUAUGAUAUACGAGCUGGUAAGUGGAAGAAGAAAACAAUUAAGUAGUUUGUUGGUUUAGCGGUAAUCAGCUGUGGCGUUCAGACAUGCUCUCACUCUGAGAGACGGAUGGACUUUGUCAGUGGGUUAAAGGCCAUGUUAAAUAAAAUACGAGGUAAAUUAACACUUGGAAUUAUACAAAAAAGAGACUAAGCAACACUUGCAAACGUAUCAGUGUAAAAAAGGAACGGAAAAAUAUUAUACUAACACCUGUUUUCAAAAGGUAGCAGUGAAUUUUUUAGCUACCUAAUUUGAUGUUUUUUUUUCCAAAGUAGUGCUGUGCACAGAAUAAUUUCACAGCCUUUUUUUAUCAACCUAACAGUAUGGAGUCUAUAGAGCAUUCUCUUUUUUAUCAAAUUAAACUCUUUUUAUGACCAUUUCAUUGACAAUGUGGCUUAAAUAAGAUUGUUGAGGAUAGGUAAAACUUUGAGUCAAAUUUAAAUUAAUGACCUAAAUUCAAUGCAUGUUUCCCAAUCCAGUGUUGUAAUGUUUUUAACUCUGUCAAAAAGCUUAGAUCAGUUCUCUGCCUAUCCCAUUGUGAAUUGUUAUUGGGUCAUUAUUCAGUAUGAUGCAUCAUAUCAGAAUCAUUUUUGAUUCUGGUGUGCCUCUCUUUUUGGUUACCCCUUUCCCUCAAGAGGUCUUCAAUGUGGUUAUAAAUCAAACACUAGACAGGUGGUAUUAAUUUCAUCACUACUAGCCUAAUCUAAUUCAAUCAGUUAUCACAAUUAGUAUUGUCCUCUGCAUUUAAAUUUCACAAACUAGACAUUGAUAUAAAAUUUUUGUUUUUGUUUCUAGAGAUUCCAGAAUGUGUAGGGAACUUGUUGCACAGCAUGGCGUGAAAAUCCUGAGCACACAUGACAGUCAUGGACACACGCCAUUGCAUUGGGCAGCCCUGGGUGGUUACAGCGAAGUUAUAAAAUUUUUUAUAAAUUGUGGAGUUGAAGUAAAUCAGCAGAGUCGAUCAGAUUAUGGACCUUAUCCAAUUCACUGGGCAUGUGUCAAUGGUCAUAUUUUGUGUGUGGAUCUUCUUCUUCAAAAUGGGGCCUCAAUAGACUGUACUGACAACAAAGGUUGUACUCCUUUAAUUAUUACAGCACAGUAUGGAAAAGCAAUGCUGGCUGGAUACCUUAUGGGGAAAGGAGCAAAGAUAUUUCUGACAGAUCAUGAGGGCGACAAUGCUUUGCACUGGGCUUGUUUUAAAGGUAGCAAAUUAUUCUGUAUUAAUUGUAAUAUAAUGAACAACUGGUUCAUGCAUCAGUGUGUGUCCACCAAGCUUUGAAGAAGGCUGGAAGUUUAGAGCAAAACUAACUACUCUAGGAUCUUAGUGCUCUUCAAACUUGGCAAGUGCCUCACAUCUUUUUUAUUGUAUAGUGGUGCAUAAGCCAAUUUUUUUGUAACAUUUCUAUCAGGCAUUUUUAUUAGAUGUCACUCCUUGUGCUUCCGUUUUAUACAUAGUUCCUCAGCAUGCACAAUAAGAAUAUAAAGCAUGCUGAAUGACUGUGUUUUUUGCUGAUGAUUACAUUUUGUCAUCAAAUGCUUGCAGGUGAAUAAAAAGAGAAAACAAAAUUGUAAGCUGUAAACACCUUGAUUUAAUGGUUUUAUAGUUUUCUUAUGUGUCAUAACAAGAUAAAUGUUUCAAAGUACUUCAGGUAUUCAUGGUUUUCUGUGUUUGACAGUAAAUCUGUUUGAGAAAAUUUACAAUUGAAAAUAUACCAAGUGCAUUGUUUGUUUUCAUGUAUGUAAAAUUCACAGGUCACAGCGAGGUAGUCCAGUUGCUUCUGUAUUCUGGGUUUGAUCCCAAACAGAAAGACAGGUUUAGCCAGGUAUGUUUGGUAAACUUUACAUAUACAUGUAUCAAAACACAAACUUUAAGUUAACUCUUUUAGCAAGUACUUUCCCACUAAAAAGUAGUCAUGGAUUCUUUCCUGUAUAGACUGAAAGAGAAACCACUAGGUUAUAUUUGUUGAACAUUCAAUUCUAAAAGAUUUAACACAAAGAUACUAAAAACAAUUACAAUUCUGUUGGAGUAAGUGCUUCUUGGUAUCCCAGGUUCCCAGGUAACUGUCAAGUAUUUUAAAAAAUUCCCUGAACAAUUACUGGUAUUCAGUUGGUGGAAAGAGACAUUGGAAAAUGCUACACAACACAAUGACCCUGGCUGGAUUUUGUAUGCCGAUGUGACAAUUUGGAGUACAAUCUCCCUUCAGUUCAUACACUGUAAUUUUUUCUAUGCUGUUGAACUUGGUUUACAAUGAGUGAUAGAGCUGAGAGGUAUUCACUGUUUCUAUCAAGUGCAUUGAUGGAACACAUCACUGCUGUGAGAGAAUCGACCUUGAGAAAUGCAAUGAAAAUUCAUCAGAAAGUCUCUGAAAAAAUCCAAUAUUCUGAUGUCUCCAAAUCUUUAAUUUUUAACUUAAAUGGUCUUUUACAUCCUUCUCUCCCUCUUUACUCUGAUCAAUUAUUCACAAGCACCUCAUUGAGGUUCUCACCAUGGGGUAUCUUUAAUCAUUAUCCACCCUUUUCAUUGUGUGUUAUCUCAUUUUUUGAGAGGCUGAGAGAGAGAAAUCUUAAUUGUUAUUUCUUAAAAUUUCUCAUUAAAGCAUUAAAUUCAUGAAAAAUUAAUAAGUCUGGGUUUGAAAGUAAGGCAAUGGGCUAGAAAAAUGCAUCUUUUCAAUCACAGAUGGUAAAUCAUUAUUUACAUAUUAAAAGGAUUAGAUAAGAAGAGACAAUUUCAAAACUUGUUGGUUAUUUGACACCUACAUGCAAAUAACAGUAAUUAUAUUCUCUCUUACAGUGAUUUGGAUUGAUAUUAGCCAUGUAGAGACAUAAGCUUUAACAAAUCAGAGAGACAUUCAAAAUAGUGAUAAUAAGUUAAAUAGUUAGAAUGACAUAAUUGGCUUAACCUGUUACAUGAAUGGCAACUUCCUCUGGAACAUCUGAUCAAGAAAAUUAUGUCCACAUUAAUGUUUCUCAUAUUGUUUUUGUUAUCUUAUUCUGUAUCACAAAGUGCUUGAGAAGCCAGAUUGCCGUAAAAAAGUCCAAAGAAGCUUAAACUAAUAGCCAAUUGAUGUGACAACAUUCCAUAGCUGAUACUUACAAACAAAACAUGUGUAUAGAAGGAUCAGGGACAGAAAAUUUAUUUCCUUUUUCAUUGAAUUCCUUUCUUCAUAAUUGAUAUGCUGGUUUAACCACUUUUGAAAUAUAAAGUGAAUUCAACAUUCAUUUUAUUUUAAUUUCAGACUUGCUUUUCUUCAAAUGAUCUGUUGGGCUUCUGAAAUAAGAUAUUUCUCUCUGUUGAUCUUUUUUAGACUAUUAAAAUUAUUUGGUCUGAGAUUUAUUUUGCAAAAAAUUGGAGCUGGAAUAAAUGAGAGACAAAUUUGAAAUACUUGCAAGAGGUUUGGAAAACUUGCAAUUUUAGAACCAAUUUUCCAUUUGCUUUCUCUUUUAUAGAUAUUAAAGUUUGAAACCAGUAUAAUACUAACUUCUCUAUUGUUGACAUUUUACAGUUAAGUUAUGAUUAGGAGAUAUCUGUGGAUAUUUAUAUCAAGCUGACUUUUUCAAAUCUUUGGUACAAUUUCAGACCCCUCUUCAUCUGGCUUGUCUUAGUGGAGACCUACUCACAGUUGAGCACAUUGUCGACAUGGUAGGCAUUGAAUAUUUAAUGAAGCUUCACCAACUUGAUUUGAUGACUGUAUGUAUAGCCUCUGAGUUUCUUUUUGGUUUAUUCAGUGGUAAAAGGAUCAAGUGGAGUCCUAUGCAGUCUGUAAUCAUGUGAGUAGUUGGAAAAUUGGAUGACUUUGCAGCAGGAGUCCAAUUUUUAGUUACAAGUAUGAUUACAGGUAGAAUUGGACGACACAAAGUCCUGUUACCAUUUAAUCAUAACAUUACAAUACAUUCAUUUGAGAAUAUAUCUCCAGUAAAGACAUUGUCUAAGGUAAGAAAUUCCCCCAUUUUGUAGGGUUAGUGAUUUUUGCUAUGGUAAUUGGUCAAUUCUGUGAUUGGUGGCUUUAGCUGAGUAGAAUUAGUUCAACUGGCUGCUGAAGAGUGCAAUUAAAGUUGUCUGAUUACAGCCAACUGUCUGCUUAUGCUGUCUAAUUACAACUCUAAAGAAUAAUUAGUGAAAACUAAAGCAGCUAAUGCACCAAUCACAUUUGAGGAAAUUGGUUAUGAUCUGGAAAGAAGUAGUCUUUAUAAAAUAACAACAAAGUAAUCACUCUUUUGUUGUUAUGAUGCUGAGCUCUUUCAAACAUGUUUGCCAGGAUCAUCAACUGCCAAAUCUUCACAACAAAAACUAAUUACCAAAGCUAGAAAUUUUUCAUUUUAAGUUGGUCCAGAUGUGAUGAACCCUGCUGUCCCAAGCUUAAGACACUAUAACUUAUACUGUAGUUAUGCUAUGUUCAUUGUAUCAGUUUAUUACCUCUUCUUCCUAAGAAACAGAAGAAAAUGCAGUAAAUUUUAAAAACACAUGAAAGUUUGUUUGGUUACUGUAAGUCUGCCACCUGUCAUAUAUCUUGAUCUAAAGAAAUGAAUAUAGCUUGUUAUUCUGGCAUACUGUCUAUCACAAAUUUUUGUUUAGGUACUGAUUUUAUUGUGUGCGGUUAAAAUUCAUUAGGAAUAUUUAUAGCAAAUUUGUAAUUUUUACACCCUAACAUCAGUACUCAUAUUCUCCACACUUUUCCCUGUACAUUUCCUACAGCGCUGACAAGGAGAAUUACUUUUUAUAAAACUCAAACUUGAGCUUCUUUAGUUGGUGAUCCUUUCCUUUAUUCUUGUGACCUUAAAAAGUGAUUCAGGUCUGAUAUUAUUAGGAGUAAUUAGGUGCUUGUCACUCUUAGGGGUCAAAGGAUUAAAAUGUUAAAAAGAUUUAUUACACCCAUUUUGAAAUCACUGGUGGUCCCUGUAAUCUGAUUGGCUCUAAUUGGCGCAAUUUAUUCACGAAUUGCACCAUUUUUUGCUUUAAAUCACAUCUUUUUCCCAGCCAAUUAGCAGGCCAGACUAAAAGCAAAAUAACCAAUCAGAUUUCAAGGCUUGUUUAAAUUAACCAAUCAAAUUGCAGGAAAAUGAGAGACAAAGAGUAUUGUAUGGCAAAUUUUGCUACUUUUGUUUCCAAAACUCUUACUUUUUCCCCCCAAAAAGUAGAUGAAUUUAAUUUCAAACCAGCUCAGUACUGCAUCAAUAAAAUAUUUGAAAUGACCAAGUCCUGUAUUUGGGCGAUUUCAAAAUGAAUGUAAUAAAUACCUCGUGUUGUGCAAUUUUGGUCAGAAAUCAUACUUGUGAUUUCAAAUCAAACUCGCACUGCAUGCUCGAUCAAUUUUGAAAUCAUGUGUAUGAUUUAAGCCUGAAUUGCACUCCACUCAGUUCAAUUAUCAUUAUUAAUCUUACUAUUAAGAUUAGGUUUUAAUAUUGGCAAAUCUUCUCAUACAAUUCUUGCAGCUCAGGAUGGCAAAUGCUGAAACACUAAUGGCACCAUUUUUAGAGAUCUUUUUUACAAUUAAAUGCCAAUUUGUUGUAUUUGCUUUCUCUUUUUGCCCCAGGAUGUUGUGUUAGAUGCUGUAGAUAGUAAUAACAAGACACCAUUAAGACUGGCCAUGGGUCGAGACCACAAGGAAAUUGUUCACUACUUACAAAGUAAACUUAAUCGUCUGGUCUCCUGCCAUAUUAGGUAUGUGUGUUUUCUUGCAGUUUUAUACUGACACUCUUAAGUGGGUUUCCUUAGAUUUUUAUCAACCAUCUAGAGUUUGUUACUGUGUGGAGAAAAUAUUCAAAAUGUUUGAGCCAUUUUAUCAAUUUGUGGUUGAAAGUGAAUUUCCAGUAUUCCACAGGCACAUAAACACAGCAGCUCUAUUGUGUUUGAAUAUGAGAGUGAUCUUCACAGUAAUGAUUUACACUACGUAAUAAGCAGUAGUGAAAAUAAAGCCUGAAAAAAGUCAGGCCUGUAAGGGAGUUAGACCCAUGACCUCUAUGACACUAGUGCUGUGCUCUACCGACUGAGCUAACAAGCCGACUGAGAGCUGGUCAUUAUGUUGUCAUUAUGUUUGGUGCCAAGCAAAUUAACUUCUAGUAACUUUAACAUGAAUUUGAUUUUCUUUUAGGGACAUUGUAUUUGGCCCACCUGGGAGAUCUAGAGGAGCAUUGCUAUUUUAUCUGGGAAAUCUGUUUCUCUGGGGCUAUCCUGUUUAUUUCUUUUAUGUAAGUAGAUUGUGAAAGGGUAUGAAAGAAGGACAUUGUUUUAUACUCAUUUUUCUGUGUGUGGGAGGGAUUGUAACAGAACCUCAAUAGUUAGUAAGCUGAACUGGAGACUGAGUGGUCCCAGUGAAACCUCCUUGUGUUGUCUUAACCCUUUAACUCCCAAGGUCUGGCAGACAUUUCCUUAUUUAUGAGAAUCUAGUGUUAGAUCAAGAUAACAUCUACCUGAUAAGGUUGAGUAUUCUCAUUACCUAUUUGCUGGAUGAUGUAUGGAUAUUGCAGGGAGAAGUUACAUGUUCAUCACUUUUGAGAGUUAAAGGAUUAAAUGACAAGACACUUACUAGAAAGUUUUGAUAUAUGAAAUCAUUACAGUGAUAGAGAAGAGAACAGAAAUGCACAAGAAGUUAGAAAAUAGGUACUCAAAAUAGUCACAUGCUCAUGAAAUAACAACAGUUGAUAAAUAUUAUAGUAGUGUUAGACUGAAUUAAAUGUAUAGACAUAAAAGUACUGGUGAACAGUGAAGGGAACAUCACAACAUUUCUGGGUGGGGGGGGGGGGGUGAGAGAAGGGAAGGGUUACCUGCAGUUGAUCAGCAGCUUAUACAUGGGGGAGUGUAAUAUUAUGAUGUUGCUACUUUCUUAAUGAGACUGAAACUAGGAUCAGCUCUGGCUAAAGUAGCUACUUGGCACAUGUCUAUCAUUAAUUUUUCUGUUUGUCUGCAGGUUGUUCCAGUCUCAUGGGAUAUCCUACCUUGGGCUCAUUAUUUGUUUAUUUUCCUAAACAUUACGAUGUGGUGGGCUUUAUAUUAUGCUAAUUCUCGUGACCCAGGAUUCCUCCCCUGCCAUAGUCCAGAUUAUGACAUGGCCCUAAAACAGGUGAGAAUGUCAUGGCAGGUCUGUAGGAUGUGAGUUUUGUGUAAUUAACAUGGCAACCUCCUUUGCCGUCCUCUAAGGGACUAAGCACUCUACUGAUUUUGUUUUGAUCAUUUUAGGUGCCGUUUUAUGAAGAGUGGCAGGUCAGGACAGGGCAAAACCCUUUGGAAAACCUCUGUCACUCUUGUAGACUGGUGCGACCACUGCGUGCAAAGCAUUGUAGGAUUUGUAACCGCUGUGUCAAGCAUUUUGAUCACCACUGUCCUUAUAUCAAUAACUGUGUUGGCCUCAAUAACAGGUAAAUAACAUUUUGAUUGCCUCUUCAGCACACUUUAUUUUGUUUUCUUAUGAGUCGUUCUUUGUAUCAAUGAGAGUUUCCUUGCAAGGGUUUCUUGGUCAGAAACUAGAAACAAACAGUGAAGAAGUGAACCAAAAGAGACCCAGGUUGGCAAUAGAAAACAUGGUAGGGUUCAGUGAAACCCAAGACAAUUUACGUGUAAGUGUACAAUUACCUGUGAAACCACUGGCAUUCUAUAAUGUUGUUUGUCCUGCAGGAAGAGCUUGCCUCCCAUCGGUCAGUGAGGGCAAAAUUAAUGAAUUAUCAUUUCAGAGGCACUUUCACAACCUCCCUUUGUGUCCCCUGGAUAGAGGUGCCCUUUGAAUGGAUUUUACAACGGACACAAGCAUAUAGGACCAAUAACUAUUUCGCUUUUGCUAUAUAUCGGAUUUGUUGCUCGUGUAAAUGUGGCAUUAUAUGAACCCUGCAGCAGUUUGGUGUGGUUGUUUGUUUUCAGGGGUCCGUUCUUCAUCUUUGUGUCAUGUGUGGCUUGGUGUAGUUUCAUCACAGUGUACUUUGCAAUCGUAAUGCUUCACUUGUAUGGAUUCAGCUGGAUAUUCCUUCUUGGUUUACUGCAGUUCAUUGUGGUAUCGGUGUUAAUGGGAGCCCUGUUUAUAUUUGUGGUAAGUACAAAGCAUUUGUGUCUAAACUGAGAACUGCCGCAGGUAAAAUGUAUGUCCGCAUUUUUAGAACCCUUAUCAUCCUGUAAUUAACAGGCCUGGGUAGUGAUUGUAUGUAUUGACAGGCUCUGUUCACGUGUAAUUUAUAAGUUUGUCUGUCGGGCUCGGCGUUCACGUGAGGUUUAUAAGUUUGUAUGUGCUGGCUGUAAUGCUUGUUACGUCGGUGAAACGUGCCGACAUUUUUCCACACGUGUUAGAGAGCACUUAGUCAGUGACAGGGCCUCUCACAUUUUCAAGUAUCUGCAAGAUUCUGCGCAUUGUCGCGCUUUGUGUUCAGCAGAUAGCUUCCAUGUUUUGGAUCACGCCUCUACCGGUUUUCAACUCAAGAUAAAAGAGGCUAUUCAUAUUCAAAGAGAACAACCAUCCUUGAAGCAACAAUUAUACCAUGUAAAUCUAAAAUUAACCUUUUAAUUCUCACACUCUCAUGCUAUACCUCUUUUCUUGUUGUCACCAUUUAUUAUAAUUAGCAUUGUUCUACUUACUGUAUAAUUCAACUUCCAACGCUUUGUACAUUAAGUAACUGAAGAUGAGAGAAGUUUCUGUCGAAACAUGUAUUACAGACUUAAAAUUUUUGUCGCUUUCUUUAAAUUCAUGUAUUGCAUUGCAGUAACCGUGAGUUUGCAGUGCAUUUUGGGCAUAUUUCUUAAUAUUAUGGGUUUAGACAAUUUAAUGCUUAUUAAAUGACCCUCAUGGUAUUAGAGUAUUGGAAAAGUCUUGAGUUUUGCAUACAAUCUAUUGCUCUGAUACGGAAGAACCUUUGAAAUUAAAUAUUUUUCCAAUUAUACAAAUAUUAUUGUUUAGGAUUAUGUAAAAAAAAAAAACAUUCAAUGCUUUUACUACCACAGUGUAAUUCGUAACCUUGAUUUCUUCUCUGAUCUGCAAAGUUUAACAUAACAAAUUUCUAUGACUCCUUUCUCUUAACUCUAAUGGAAAGAUAUUUUUCGUGGUUAGUGCUCGCGAUCUGCACACACUUUUGAAAGGGACGGUUGUAAAUGAUUUAUUUUUAUUCUGUAAACUUUUGAAGAAAAGCCUAACUUCACGUGACAGGAAUGGCGCUCACGAGAAAAUCGCAUGAUUUCAAGACUUGCAGGUCGUGCUUAACAGUAUGUGUUUAUCUGUGAAGCAUCAAUGUUUGGGAAUAAGUGAGAUAUGCCAUUAAAUAUCCACGCAUUAUGUUGAGGAUGUUCUGCUUUCGUUGAGCAACAUCGAAUUUUUUAGUUAUUAACAAUUUUUUUCUACUUCAAGUUCAACAAAUUUUUACCCGAAUGAUUUUUUAGUUGUGUUUAUUGGCAUACUUCCCCGUGAACACGCCUAUCGACCAGUGAGAGCGCGCGUACUAUCUCGAUUAUUUCUAAAGCUAAAUAUAAACAUGCGAUAACAUGAUAUGAUACAGAGAAACAAGUCAGAAUUCUCAGAAACAGCGUGAUUAAUUUUCAAAAAAGAACUGACAGUUCUGAUUUAGAAAACACUCCAGAAAAGAUGCUUUUGCGGCUAUUUCUUACAGGUUCUGUACUUGUACUUCAGAGUGCACUCUUCUUUAGCGAGGAAAUAUAUGUUUCUUUUAAUGAAAAUGAUCGUGUUUUCAUUGACGCUUAAUUUAUACAAAACUACCUGACUCGUAUACAAAGUGCAUACACAUAACCCCUCAACAUAUCACGUUAACUCACAUGAUUCUCACACCAUUUUGGUUGAAACCUUUUUCUUAGUCGGCAUCGACUGGUCUUUUAAGCUGUUGAAAAGGAUAAUUGUUUCUCCAAACUGAUAAUCAUUUUGAGAGAAUGCUCUAUCAUCCAUUUUGUUUGGGAAGCAUCCUAAUACUUUUGCUUUGGGAGGUGAACGUUGCUGUAAAGGAAAUUUAUGUUUGGCCUGGCGGAAAUGAUACCGGCGACUGCGAUGAAAAUAACCCGUGCAAGACAAUUGACAAGGGCUUAUCAUUAUCUUUAUCGUUUACUUCAUCGAAAAUAAACUUGGGAAGUGGAAAUUACACCUUGAAGAGAAACUUUACUUUGACCAGAAAAGCAUACUUCAGCCUGGUAGGAAGUGGUUCCACUCGACACGAUGUUCAAAUAACAUGUAAUGUAAACACUGGCUUAUCCUUUAUUCAGUGCGAAAAGGUUAAUUUCGAGAGAGUGACGUUACAAAAGUGUGGCCGAUUGCACAAUAUUUCACACCGUUCUCCUUUUUCUGGUGAAUUUAAGGCAGCCUUAUUUGCGAAAAAAUGCACGAAUCUCCGGAUCUCCGAAGUAGAAAUUUCUUUUUCUGUAGAUUACGCGGUUACUUUGUUUAACGUUGAAGCCUUCGUUAGUUUGAUAAACAGUGUGUUUGCAGACAACAGGGGUUCAAAGGAAAGCUAUUCCAAUGCAACAACUGAGCAUGACUCUUUAGUGAGGAAACUGUGGUUGGGAGGCGGUGUUAAAGUGAUUUUAAACCAAGAGGACUCGGAUACAGCAGUGAAUGUAACGCCAGUUGAGCACGCAUCUUAUAAAGGCAAGACCCAUUACUUGAUUUAUAACUGCUCCUUUUCCAGGAACGGAAUACGUGUGUCAAACUACGUGAAGACUCAAGAAUCUCUACUACAACAUCGAAGAUUGGAGUUUGGUAGCGGCUUGUCAGUGUACUUAAAAGAGUAUAGCAGAAAUGCCACUAUAAAUAUCACAGCAUGUAGGUUUGUAGAUAAUCGCGCGUCAAUCGGAGGAGGUCUUCGCGUGGAGCUGGAUGUCCAUACUGAAAAGCAUUCAUUCAUAAUUGUGGACACAAUAUUUUUGAGUAACAAGGUAAUGUUGAAUGGCGGCGGAGCUUACAUUGCGAACUUGCAAAGCCAUGACAAUACUUUAAUCGUAUUUAACAUUACAAACUGCUCGUUUAUAGACAACGUGGCAGAUGAGGGAGGUGGUGUAUCGCUGCAUGGAACUUUAAUUCAAUUGCAUUACUUACAAUCUUCUGCCAUUCACUUUUUCUUUCAUCGAUGCACUUGGUACAGUAACACAGGGAACUGGGGAGCAGCCAUGUAUUUGUUCUCAAACCACGUGAUUGAAGACCAUUUCGAAUCGAGAGUUCUAUUUAGUGUUCAAAUUGAUGGUGACACACGGUUUGAAUCAAACAAUGCAAAGCAAAGUGGGGCUCUUUACAGUGAACGAGUCCCUCUUAUCUUCAAAGACACUACUAACUUUCGCCGAAAUGAAAAGACCGCGGUAGUUUUAGAUGGAUCAACUUUGCUGGGGUAUGGCCAUGUAGAAUUCGCCAACAACUUGGGAUACAAUGGAGGUGCACUGAAAAUAUAUGGAUCUUCGGAAAUCGUUGCCUAUCCAAAUGCUAACAUCACUUUCGUAGGAAACACUUGUGAAAACGAAGGCGGCGCAUUGUGCAUAAUGAAUUCAAAACCAUUGCCUUCUCCUUGCGUCUUUCGAUUUGUUGAUAACGUGAAUAUUUCAGUCAUAUUUAAAGACAACAAAGCCGUCAGAGGAAAUUCUAUCUUUGUUUCUACGCUAAGAAACGUUUGCGUCCUCGAUGGCAAAUCCAUUCUAGAGAUGGCUAAUAAGACUAAACUCAAUUUGGCUGAAAUUGCAACGGACCCAGUGGACAUCCAAUACAAUCAGACAGACUGGGUGGUUGCCCCUGGGGAGGUAUUUAACCCAACUGUUCGCGUACUUGACGAAGUUCACAAUCAUCUUCAAGGCACUUGUGAUGUGGUAAUCACGUCAGUUACGCCAUCGGGAAAACGUCUUGAUCGCUCAUCUUUGUUUCAAAUAACCAAUGCAAGUCUUAGCGGCAUCCGUUUAGUUGGAGAACAAGGCAGCAACUACUCUGUGGUACUCAGCUGUUUUGGCGGAAAGCAAGAAGUGGAAAUCAAAGGUGCUUUCAGAACCUGCUAUCCAGGCUUUCAUUUUUCUCCUGAAACAUCAACAUGUGUCUGCAUGAAGCCCACAGCUGAGACCAGAGGCAUUUCACGUUGUGAUUCUGACGGCAAAACCGUGUGGGUGAAGCAAGGAUAUUGGGCUGGAGUGGUGGAUGGAAAAUUCGUGACUUAUGUUUGUCCGACUGGACAUUGUAAUUCAGACGUUAUAAAGCUCAAGGAGUACCGGUACCUUAAAAAUCACAUGUGCGGGGAAGGACGCGAUCAGGAGAGCAUUUUGUGUGGACAAUGCAAGGAAAAUUACAGCAGCUCUCUGGGAGGUGACAGCUGUAAAUUGGGUUGCACAAACUGGCACUUGCUUCUUUUGAUUCCGUUUGGAAUUUUUUUCCUCGUAGUUGUGAUGCUCAUCCUAAUCGUCGAUUUGGACGCAUUUACUGGCUGCUUGAAUGCUUGGUUGUUUUCAUACCAUGUUAUGAAGCUGUUAACACCGGAAAACUUUGAGUUUAAUCCUUUCACGGAAUUCCUGAUUUCUUUAAGUAGUGCGAAAGUUGAAUUUGGGGGCAAUCUGUGUGUCGCUGAACGUUUGGACGAAGUAGAUAAGUUGAUGUUGAUGUAUACCGUUCCACUCUUCUGUAUGCUGAUGAUCAUUUUACUUUCCAAAUUCGUCAGAAGGUUUCCAAACUGUUGCCUCAGCAGACUUGUGACAGCCCCUUUUCGCGGUGUCUGCACCAUCCUUGUAUUUUGUUAUACGGACACUACCAAUAUUUCCCUUAAAAUCCUCCGUUUUGCCAAAUUUGAAUCGAGGACAGUGGUCUUUCAUAAUGGUGACAUUGAGUGUUUCCAUGGCAAACAUAUCUUUUAUGGAAUCACCGCCUUAGCGUUCAUCACAGUAUUCGUCAUUCCGUUCCCUUUGAUCCUUAUAUUUCGACCUUACCUGACCAAAUAUCUUCGCCCUGUGCUGAAUCUUAGCCAAUGGAAUCCAUACUUUGAUACUCUUCAAAGGUGUUUUAAAGAUCGGUAUCGUUGGUGUGCAGGUUUUUACUUCAUUUCUCGGUUGGGCAUCCUUUUGAUAUACACUUUUGUACCCAUGGGUCCAGUCAAAAAGCUACUGCUGGCGAUCGUGUGCAUCUUGAAUCUCUUGAUAUUCGCGUUCCUAAGGCCUUACAGGGAGGCCUGUGACAAGGAAGAAACGGGGAACAGUUACAGUUGUAUGAAUAUUUUGGACGUGUCGCUCCUGACCGCUCUUUGUUUUAUUUCCGUCUUCAGUAUUCCGUUUGAUAACUGUGAUGCGGCUGCUCAGGAAGACAAAUGGUUUUUCACAAAAACACUCAACAUUUUGUCAUUUACUCCUGUUUUAAUGUUGACAGUAACUGUAGCUUUAUGCGCUCAAAGAAAAUGCCACCUCUUCAACAGAGGGGGAGUUGAACCCCUCGAGUUCGAAGGAUCCAAGACCGCAAGUCUGUCGAUGUCCUGUGAAUUAUCUAUUUCACGCCAGCGCAUCGGCAGAGAAAAUAACUUGUCCGGAGGGACUCAAACAACCCAUUCACUGUACGGCAGUCUGGAUGGUCGUACUAUACUUGAAAAGUAUACUGACACAAGGCAAGGAGAUUGCAUCUGAUACCUCACUCUCAACAGGAUUUCAUGUCUGUUUAACUAGCGUCAGAGUAGUCGAGGGAAAGAUGUCAGUUGUGAGAGAUUUCCAGUGUUUAACUGGUUUGUGGCGGCAAAACACGCCAAGUCCUGAUAACAUUCUUAACACUGAUAACAUCCUUAGCAUGCCAUGUCAAUAAUGUUAUCAGGGCUUAUUGUCUUUUGCCGCUACUAAACAGUAGUCAUUUACAGUGGAAAAAUAACGUCAACAUAUCAUUUUUAUGUCUUGUUUAAGGGUUUACAUUAGUAGAGUGGAUCAUUUUGAUAAAAGUAGUUGGUUUUUACGGAAAGCUUUCUUUCACUGCACUGAGCAAAUUGCAGGUGCUUCAUAAAAUGUAACACAGAUUCAUUGUGUGAUAAGAGCCUUAUGCGUUGUCCUACGAAUUCUAAAUGCGUGGGUUUCUUUCUAUUCUUAUUUUACACUGUUUCACAGUGUAAAAUAAGAAUUAUAGUAAUGUUCGUGGACUGUUUGGCGUAUCAAAGAAAAGUGGACCAAUCAGACGUCAGAAAACUAAACCGCAAACAAUACUUGUAGCCGGUUCAUUGGUGGUUUGGUUGCUCGUUUAUUGAACUUUAUCCUGAUUGGCUAGUGGACAACUUACCUGUUCGAAUCAAAUUAAAGUGAAUGCGGCUCUCUGAACUUCACGGUAUCAGUUCCAGUCAAAACGGUUAUUCAUGCCAAAACAAAAGCAGCAAUACUGCUAAAGCGAUUUUUCUGCCAUGCAGUUAUUUUACUAACGCGUUCAAUGUACAUGCCUUCAGAGCCUCCUCAUCGUGGAAAAUUUUUCCACUGAGGAGAAAAAUUGGGUACCGGCGAAUUGUCAGGGAGGCCUGAUGAAAUGCUGGGGGGGUGGGAGGAGGAGGGGUUACCUAGUGAUGGACUGGCAUCCCUUCCAGGGGAGAGUAGUAAUUCUGCUAGUCAUUUCAUGCUACAAGGAAACUGGGGUGAGCUCCGGCCGGAUGGGUCACGUGGCUCGAAUGCAGACGUUACCUUUUCACUGAUACCUUUGGUUUAGUUGGACCAUAUAGAUAUGUCUCUUCUUUAACUAAAAAAUGUUUUAAGUAAACGGCAUGGUAGAAGCGUAGGGCAGUUUCCAUUCGUUUCCAGCAAUAACUUUUCGCCAUGUGGGUUUCAAAAAAACGAAUUUAAGAGCGGGCAUGCAUAAUCAUUGUCUCUAUGGACGUCAUCUGACCUCACCAUCAAGCGUAUACUUAUUAUAUUACAAUUCGCUCUUUUCACGCAAGUUACGAGUAGCAUCUUGUGGUAUUUGUACUGAUAUAAAGUUUUUUUCUUGUCCUUUUCUUCUUCAAAACAGAUGAGCCAAAUUUCAACCAACCUCACUACAAACGAAAGAAUCAACAAGAAGCGAUACGCAUAUCUGAGGGGACCGUCUGGAAUCUUUUUGAACCCUUUUGAUAGAGGAUGUCUCAAAAAUUGGUUGGAGUAUUUUCACUGGGUGGAACCAUUCGACAAGAAACCAAACCUCCUUUACAAUGUAUAACAGGGCUGGCCACUGGAUUAUGAAAAAAAAAAAACUUUGUUACCAUCCAUCUGAGGUCGUAGCGCAUAAAAUGGCUGGAUUUUUUUAACGACACAACUUCUGUAGAUUUCUGUCCUGAAUUGAAACUUCGAUUUAUGGUUUAAGCAGUCUCAGCCUACAGUGGCAUGGGCUAACGCUUGGGUAUAUACGCUUGGUAUUCAGUCCUUGUUAAGAUGUUGGUCGACAGAUGUUAAUGUAUAAAAGAGGAACAUAAUUUUCUACCCAGAGCCAUGAGCAGGUCACGAUAACUACAAAGAACAUAAAUUUCACGGAGCUAGAACCCAAAAUUAGAGAUAUAAACAACAGAUAUUUAUUCGUCACGAAUGGCGGCCACAAGCGGCCUUCAAAACUCGUCGUAUUACAUUCGAAAGGCUGAAGAUCAAUGGAAUACAAACUUUUGGUAUUUUGUUCCACAAAGAGCUGAGACUGAAAAUAAUAUAAUAUUUGAAAUUUGAGAUUAUUUUAUUUUCAAGAGUUAGAGCGCACACAGUACGUUAGUAUGAGACCAGCUAGAAUUUGCGCAAUUUUAUACAGUAGAGAUAGUAGUUUCUGCUGUUCUGACUUUUUAAGAGAAAGAUAGGAACUGAAGUGGAAAGAUUACUAAAUUUCAUUAAGUUAGUAUUUGAUUGGAAAUCAAUAUGUGAAAACAAAGUUGUUACUAGGUUUAAUUGUCUAGUGAUGAUAACUAUUUGAUUUAUUGAUGUUCAAAUGAGUCCGUGAUCAACCACACUAAAGGAAACGCUUUGAAAACUGGGUUAAGAAAUUUAUAUGAAAUAUUUCGGUUGUGUUGCGUUAGUGGGAUGUUGCGUGGUUAAUUUUCUCGUGGGCAAACACGAACGUGAUGCCGCUAUAUUCACCAGUCCUCCCGUCUGUCAUUAGGAAAGGUGUAAG